CAAAUUUUAGAAUCAGAAACUGCUAAUAGCAUUUGUAGACUUACUACUUAUAUUAAUGAUAAUGAAAUUGUACUAACAGAAGAAAUGUUAAAUAAUAAACAAAUUAUUGAUCUUGCAAUAUG